AUGAACCCAACGAGUGACCAAGAAGCAACGAAGAACCAAGAUGGGACGGUUCUUCAUUCGUUGUCCGGUCGCACGGUUGUCCGACUCGGCGACAACCUCGUUGUGAAGUCGGGCCAUAUCCGCCCCCAGGAAGGGCCAACACUCCGUUUCAUUGCAGAAAACACAACCAUCCCUGUACCUAAACUUUAUGAUAUCCGCUGUGAAGACGGCAAACCUGUCGCUCUUGUGAUGGACUACAUGCCUGGCAAGCGACUUGACGAAGCAUGGGAUACUUUGGACUCCAGUCAAAAGCUCUCCAUUGCCGACGAGCUACAUUCCUACGUGAACCAACUUCGCGAGCUGAAAGGCCAUUAUAUUGGGGCUAUUGAGGGCGGCCAAGCUAUCAUUGGACGCAUUGCGUCACUUGAGGGAGGUCCAUUUGAUACCGAGCAGGAAUUCAACGAAUUUAUCCUAGGAGAUAUGGUCAAGAUAGCACCAGACUUGCUGCGACAUUAUUGCAAGUUUGCGCUCACGGAUGACCACGAGAUUGUAUUCACGCAUUCCGAUCUCGCCCCGCGGAAUAUUCUUGUGGAUGGCGGCCGGGUUACUGCUAUUCUUGACUGGGAAUAUGCUGGCUGGUAUCCAGCACAUUGGGAAUAUUGUCAGGCUCUUCGACAUCUGAGGCCGAUGUUUGACUGGCCGGAAUAUCUGGCUCGUAUCCUUCCGCCUAAAUUUGAGCGGGAAUACAUAGGCAUGUCUUUCUUAGCUCGUGUGCUGCGUCACUAG